AUGAGGGGCACUGCACGUUUGUUGUUAGUCAUAACAGCCUUUCUCUUUCUAACAGCCGCUCUCGUAACUGUGGCAAGCACACCACCUCAAUCUGACGAGAGGCCGUUGAAACACAUCGAUACCUGCAUGAAGACAUGUAAGGUCAGAAAGAACAACUGCCCAAGAAGUAACAAACUUGUCCCCAAAUGUUGGAAAUCAAAGCCUUAUUGUGUUGUGCGUCGUCUCAUUCGUAACAAGACGAAACAACUCAAGAAAGUGAAGCACGGUAUUCGACAUAUCAAAACUCUGAUCCGUGCAGUCAAGUACAACAUGUAUGGUGAUUCACGCUCUCCAAGCUAUGUUCAAAGCCAACAGAGUGUCAUGAGAGAAUUGAAAGCUGUAGCAUCCACACUCCGUUUUGAACUUGAGGCUCUUCUCAGAAGAAGAACAAGUCUCCGAGAAAGAAGAAGGGUUUCUAUGGGGCAUGGAAGAAAGCGACAAGCUCCAAGAAGAAAAGCCCAACGCAAAGCUGGUCGUAAGAACUCAAAGCACUCCAGAAGAAGCAGAAGAUUAAGACCAAUCGAUUCAUCAAUUAGAGUCCAACAGAAAAAGAGAAGAUCUAGAAAGGCCGAUACUUCAUCUGUGGAGGAGAGACAAGCGAAGGAAGAGUCCACCAUCAUCACCCCAAAUCGUCUCAAAACAACCGUUUGGGAAAGAGAACGAUCAAAUCAACAACAAAAGUCCUCUCCUCGAGAGAGCCCUAAUGAGAGUACUUCUACAUCUCGAUCCACAGAAGUUGCGAAAGAGGGACCGUCUUUCUCAUCUACUCCUGGAAAGACCUUCUUCGAGACAAUUACAGCAAAGCGCAUCAACAAGAAGGGAGAAGAAAAACAAGAUGAGGAAGCAACGUAG